AUGCGGUCGCCGGAGAUGUCCUAUAGUCCUGCCUACUACCAGGAACAAGGACCCCUUGGAACAACACACCCUCACAGCUCGAUCGUCACCCCUCCACCGGCCGCCUGUCGAUCCCAAGAACAAUCUGUAUUGGGCCACCCCAUAGGCGGGUCUCGACCUAUAACUCCUGUAUCAAACCACGACACCAGCCCCCGCACCUCCGGUUCACGAGCACACCGUGCCUAUCGCAACCAGACGCUGGAAGGAUCCUCUUGGCCCCGGUCAGACCCUCGGGAGAUCAACUGCAUUCCGGCCGGCGGUCCGACAUCAAACGGUGUAUAUAAAGAAGAGCGGAUCCGGAGCAGCUGGGCAGACAGGCCAUCACUGAUGUCGGGGGGACAUUCUAACCCUAGUAUAACCCGAACCCGAAAGCGAGGUGUUUCGGAUGACGAACUAGUCACCAAUGAUGGUCAAGAUGCUCCUCUGAUGCUACUUCGUCUCAACAUUGUCCCGUUCUACGCGUUCGGUGCUGCCCUAUAUUCUAUAUUCGCUCUCUUCUUCGCCCUUCUCGUCUCGCCUUUUCGCCUCUGCUCAUUCUCCCCAUACCUCCGAUCAACACGAUUCACAUCACAGCUCUGCGAUCUCCUAUCUCCUGUCCUCCAUAUCCAUGAACGACUCGUCUGCUUGCAGCCACCCUCAGUGAAGGAAAGAUCAUCCUCCACCCAAUGGAUCCGCUCAGAGCCAGACUCAGACCAACCGUCAGUGGUAUCUGAACGGAAUGAAUCCUACUCUAUCUUCGCUUCGAUCGCCAUCCUUGUUCUAUCACCUUUCCUCAGCAUUGUGAUUCUCCUCUUCGCAUGGACAGCCGCAUUCUUCUGGGUAUUCACCAUGGUUCUGGGUAACCCAGAUGGCACCGAGCGCAAAGACGAUGGUCGCACCGCAGUGCUCGGAGUCUGCAAAUGGUGGCGAUCAUGGCUCUGUAAAGCUCGGAAGUCAUAA